GUUUGGAGACGAAUGAGCGGAUCAUAGCUUCAGCGUCCAUUGUCACUCCGAUCGGGAAAGAUUCUCAUAUUUCGAAACGGGCCUAGUCGGGGCAUCCGUGUGGCAAAACAAAAUCCAGCCCAUCCUGAUUACUAAGCCCACCGACCCAACAGGUUACAUAGCCGAAAAAGAGCGCAUCGUCUCUCUCGAACCCUAGCCGCCUCUCUCCCUCUUCUCCCUCUCGUCCGCGCGGCGACGACGCAGGGUUUUCUGUCGGGGGAUUUGUUCGUCGCCGACUCGCUGGCGGUCAAGAUGAGGCCGGUGUUCGUGGGGAACCUGGACUAUGACACCCGCCACUCGGAGCUCGACCAACUCUUCUACCGCUACGGCAGGAUCGAGCGCAUCGACAUGAAGUCAGGAUUUGCUUUCGUUUACUUUGAGGAUGAGCAUGAUGGUGAUGAUGCCAUACGGGCUCUUGAUGGUUAUCCCUUUGGCCCUGGGAGACGCAGGCUUUCAGUGGAGUGGUCAAGGGGUGAUCGAGCUGCUAGACGUGAUGGCGACAAACCAGCAGCAAACACUAAGCCCACUAAGACGUUGUUUGUCAUUAACUUUGACCCAAUCAACACAAGAGUCAGUGAUAUCGAAAGGCACUUUGCACCAUUUGGGAAUAUAUCAAAUGUUCGGAUAAGGAGGAACUUUGCUUUUGUCCAGUUUGGAACACUUGAAGAAGCCAGAAAAGCUCUUGAAGCUACUCAUGCUACCACGCUUUUGGACAGAGUGAUUUCUGUGGAGUAUGCCUUUAGAGAUGAUGGUGAAAGAAGUGAUAGAUAUGACAGCCCUAGAAGAGGUGGUGGCUAUGGUAGGCGUGGGGAUAGCCCGUAUCGCCGUUCUAUUAGCCCAGUGUACCGGUCACGACCUAGUCCUGACUAUGGUCGCCCACCAAGUCCUGUGUAUGGUUCGUAUGGCAGGAGCAGAAGUCCUGUUCGUGAUCGCUAUCGGAGAUCUCCUGGUUACCGAUCAAGAUCCCCGCCUGCCAAAAGAAGAGCUUAUGACUAAUUCAGAACUCUUUGCUAUAGUAGUUGGGGCUGGCAGCUUGUAUCCGCUCUUUCCUAGUGCUAUCAACUAGUAGCAAGAAUUUUGUGUCUGUGUUUCGAAGUGGACCUGUUAAGCUAUGUGCCUAUGUCAGAGAUUUUAGUUUACUCAGUAUUGUCAUCUGGCUGUUAUCGAUUGGUCUCUAGCUCUCUUUUGCACUACUGUAAUAUUGUCAUGUGGCUUAGAAACAAGCGACAGCUCUCGGCAGAGCCUCCUGGUAGGGAGGCUGGCCAGUUAGGGCGCGUUUGGUUCUUUCCCAGGCUACCCUGGCUUGUAUAUGUGAGAUAGGCUGAGCUCAGCUAGGCUAAGUGCAUGCAAGACACUAUGUUUGGUUGAUUGUAUCUGUUAAGCCUGGUUGAGAAGAGAUGUUGGUUGCCU